UNUUGAGUAACGGCGAUGACACCCGUACGUUCCUUCUCGUGUUUCACGGUACACUUUGUCGCAGACAUGUCUCAAUCCCAGACCGACGAGCUAGCUCUUUUGGACGAGGACGACAGCAUGGACCCAGACGACCCGGGGGACGAGACGCAGGGAAUGGAGAUCCCGGCGGGCUUUCGCCUUCAAGAAUCUACCCCCGCUGCUCUUGACAGAUCGCUUUUGCAACUUGGAGUGCUUGUUCGGCUGGGCAUGGGGUGGUUCGGUGGGUUGAUCAUUCAGCAAUCUCCGCAGCGCCACCUGUACGACUACUGUGUGCAGCUGGAAGUAGACCACAGUACGCGCAAUAUGAAGCUGCCCUUAGACACGUACAGCGGAGAUCCGGACGCGGCGGUAGGUUCAUGGGUUUUGCUUGAGAGCGUCAGUAGGGCGGGAAGGGUACGCACCCCCAACGUCACUCUUGUGGACCAAGACGGUUGACAGUUGCCCCAUCGGGGGUGUUUGCGGGUAUGAAACUCUGCGUCGAGUGCAGUUGAGUAGUGCACCAAUUGAGCAAUCGAUGAUGAAAUAAGAACAAGAACACCGUUUCUGGAGACAACUGGACGACGAAAAAAGAACCUGGCAAAUAAGAACUUGUGCUCGGCUUGGGGCAGCCAACAAGAAGCGAGCCUCGCUCCAAAUAAGAGGUUCUUAAGUGCGGGCCGGU